AUGGCAACCAGAUGGGGAAUCUGCAGCGCAGGCAAAAUCAGCAAUGACUUCACGGUAGCCCUGAAAACUCUUCCAUCUGAAGACCACCAGGUUGUGGCUGUGGCUGCUCGUAACCUGGAGCGUGCGCAAGAGUUUGGUAAAAAGCACAGCAUCCCUGUAACAUAUGGCAGCUAUGACGAAUUGGCCCAAGAUCCAAACAUCGAUGUGGUUUACAUCGGCGUGAUCCACCCGUACCACUUGAAGGCCUGCUUGCUCUUCAUGGAUGCAAAAAAAAAUGUCUUAUGUGAGAAACCUCUGGCCAUGAACGCCAAGGAGGUGAAGGAAAUCUUGGCAUCGGCAAAGAGGAAUGACGUCUUCCUCAUGGAGGCAGUUUGGAGUCGAUUCUUUCCGGCUUCGGUGGAGAUCCGGAGGCUGCUUGCUCAGGGCGAGGUAGGCGAGGUGAAAAUGGUGAGGGCCGAGUUCGGCCUAUCCCUCAUGCACUUGUCAAGAUCGAUGAACAAGGAGCUGGGCGCGGGAACCACACUGGACCUCGGCAUUUACCCGCUGCAGUUUGCCAUCAUGGUGUAUGGCGGGGAAACGCCAGAAAGCAUCACUGCCACGGGGGUCUGUACAGAGACUGGAGUGGAUGAAACGGUGGUGGUCACUCUCAUGUUUUCCAAAGGCCGGAUGGCCGUGAUCACGACCUCUUCGGGACUGGAGCUCGACAACGACGCUGUCAUUGUGGGGACCAAAGGUAACAUCAGGAUCCCUGCUCACAUGUGGUGCCCCACCGAAAUGGUUGUCAAGGGAAAGGAGAGUCAUUAUCCUGUGCCGGAACCCCACUUGCCCCUCAAUUUUCUCAACAGUACAGGAAUGCGCUAUGAAGCGGAGGCAGUGCGACAGUGUUUGCUCAAAGGGCUAAAGGAGAGUUCCGUGAUGUCCCACGCCGACUCUCUUUUGCUGGCGGAAGUUGAGGACGAAGUGCGUCGGCAGGUGGGCGUGGUCUACAGCCAAGACUCGAGCUAA